AUGGGGGCUUUGCAAUGGUUCUUGUUUGUCUACAUCUUAGGCGGUCUCACCUUCAUUCCCUUACUGCUCGGUCUCGUCCUCCUCCAUGCCUACCUCACCCUACCUCCUCCCAACGCCGAGGACGACUCCUCCAAGCAAGACGGCGCCCGUCUCAUCCACCCCGAAGAUGACAAGAUAGCCUUCAAGAGCGGGACAGACGAUCUGGUCGAGAAGUUCCAUCGACAGCAUGACUCCGAUGUCGCUGCUGGAUACUUUGCGGUAUGUAGAGAAUACGUUCCUGGUGGCGUCAAUGGCAAGCCUCCCGAGAAGCUUAGUCCGGCGGGUGAGGUGGUAGCUCAGGAGUCUCCAAGUGUCUACCAGACCAUGUACAGAAGCAUAUUUGACCGCACGCAAAAGCCGACCAUAGAGCCGAACAAGGACGCGUCGGGAAAGACGCUCAAGAAUGCCAACAACGUCUUCUAUGUGGUUCUGAGGCAUGGCCACCUCAUGCUGUACGAUGAUGUACAGCAGCUGGAAGUGCGCUACGUAAUCUUCUUGGAGUAUCACGAUGUCGAUAUUUAUGGAGGCGGUGAAGAGCUGCCGGAAGGCGAACUGUGGAUCAAACGACACGCCAUCCGCCUUCGGAGGAAGAAAACAAGAGUCGGCGAUAGGCCCAACUCGCUACCAUUCUUUCUGUUCAGUGAGAAUCUGUCCGAGAAGGAGGAUUUCUACUUUGCGUUGCUCAAGAACCAGGAGAGGACUGUGGGCGAAGACUUGCCAGUCGCGCAAGAAUUCGACGUUCAACAUAUUGUAAACUUGGUCCAGAAGCUGCACUCCUCCGAGGAGCAGUUGCAGACGAGGUGGUUGAACGCCAUGAUCGGUCGACUGUUUCUGGCCAUGUACAAAACACCCGAGCUGGAGAAUUUCAUCCGGACCAAGCUAACCAAGAAGAUCUCCCGGGUCAAGAAACCAAACUUCAUCACCAAGCUAGCUUUACAAAAGAUCGACACAGGUACGGGCGCACCGUUCAUCACGAACCCGCGACUCAAAGACCUGACGGUCAAUGGCGACUGCACUGUCGAGGCAGACGUCGACUAUACUGGGAACUUUAGAAUAGAAAUAGCCGCCACCGCACGAAUCGAUCUGGGCUCGCGCUUCAAGCCACGAGAGGUCGACAUGGUUCUGGCGGCCACGUGCAGGAAGCUUCAAGGCCACGCUCUUGUUAGGUUCAAGCCGCCUCCUAGCAAUCGACUCUGGUUCAGCUUCGAGAAGAUGCCACAGUUGGAUCUCGCUCUAGAACCGAUCGUUAGCUCGCGCCAGAUCACAUACACUUGGAUCCUGCGUGCAAUUGAGAGCAGGAUCCGGGAAGUCAUUGCCGAAAGCAUAUGCCAGCCUUUCUGGGACGACGUCCCCUUCUUCGAGACUAGGAGCCAACGUUAUCGAGGAGGCAUCUGGCAGAGAGAAACUACGAAUACAACUUCCACCGAAAUCCCGAAUGACGAGCCAGAAGAUGAAGCGGAGGCGGGCACCUCGGGAACGAGAACACCGGUGGAGCUUGGGAAAGACGACCGUGUUAUGAGCAUGCCCGCACUGAGCGACGCCAAAGAGAAACCGUCCAUUUCGAAAAAGUCCGUUUCCUCCAUGAACGAAGCUCUGGGCAUCAAGAACUCGGGGUCAGAAUCUCCGAACAAGACAGACGCAACCACUCCACGCUUAAUGAGAUCACCAUCAUUUGCAAGCGCUGCACACCCUACAGUGACUGCUGAUCAUGCUGAUGUCAACGGUCAGGCUCGAAAAUCCGAUGCUAGCGCCCGGAAGGAUAGCAUCGCGAACUUAUUAAAGGAUCUGUCCAACAGAUCUACAUCUGAGACGCAUUCGCCUCCAGACUCGCAAGCUGGAUCACCGCCUUUCGAGUCUUCAAUGGCAACUGCGAUGCAGGAAAAGGAACGAAGUGCGAGCAACGCAUCAAGUCUAUCAGUAGAAGUUCCUGUGUCUGAAGAGUUUAUUCCGACUCCCAAAUCUCCCUCGGCUGGAAGAAGCUCAACCGUUUCUAGUCGGACCUCAAUGAGUUCUGUCGACACGUUGAAUGCCAAUGAAGACAGGCCCAAGUCAGCUGGGCAAUCCACGAAGUCAAAGACUUUUGCACAAGGAGUUAGGUCCAUGACCAGCGCAGAUAGGAAGCAGGCUCUUGCGUCUGUCAACGCCGCUGCCGCCGCCGCUCAAAAAUGGGGUUGGGGUGUGCUGGCAAGGAACCGGCAACGGGAAACCCAAGCUGCCGCGGAGGGAGAGGACAAGACCUCAAUACUUCCCCCUACUCCUAGAGAGCCCAUGGGUCGUGGGAGGCCAUUGCCACCUCCUGGAAUACCGCUCCCUCCACCAGAGAAGCCUAAGAAUAGCUUCAUGGCGCCCAAAAGAAAACCAGUGCCUCCUCCACUGCUACCACAGCGCCGUGGGACCAAUGGCUCGACCGAGAUAUCCCCAAAACCAGCGCAAAAGCCACCUCUCCCAGAACGGCGAAAACGACAGAGUUCGAUACUGGUGGACAUGGAGCCCGAAGACGAGGUUCUAGUGGUAGAAGCCCCUAUAGAAUCUGCACCAUCGAGUCCCACACCGCACGAACACCAUGAUGAGUUCUUUGGUCAUGGUGAACUAUCCGAGGGCCAGGAGAAGGAGAAUGUCAAACCAGCGCUCCCUGAUCGAUCCCCCGACGUGAUUGAGCAGAUCCACGACGAAGAUGACAAGAAAGAAUUGCAUCAACAGUAG